AGCAUUUAGACACAACGAAAGGAUCAUGGCGGAUGGCCCCAGGUGUAAGCGCAGAAAGCAGGCGAACCCGAGGAGGAACAACGGCCAGAGUGUUGACACGUUUCCUAGGAUGCGUACCGAAUGUCGUCUAUCCAUCUUUGGCUCACAAAGCUGUGAACUGUCAUUAACUCAUGGCUGACAAACUACAACAAUGUGGUGGAGGCCGGUUCUGAGUCCGACGAUGAGGACAAGCUUCACAUCGUGGAGGAGGAGGGCAAUCUGGCCGAGGGGGCCGACUGCGAAAGCACGCUGCCAGAUGAAGAGCACCCCAGGGAGCACUGCUGGGACGAAGUGAAGGAGGAUUGUGUGUCAGACCCUGAGGAUGAUGUGAGCACAGACGCCCUUGUGGAGGAGAUGCUCCAGCAAGGAGACACGGCCGUCAUCUACCCAGAAGCCCCGGAAGAUGAGCCUCUACGCCAGGACACGCCUGAUGCUAGCAUCCAUGAUGAGAAUGGAACCCCUGAUUCAUUCUCACAGCUGCUCACCUGUCCGUACUGCGCACGGGGCUACAAGCGUUACAGCUCCUUAAAGGAGCACAUAAAGUACCGGCACGAGAGGACCGAGGAGAGCUUCAACUGCCCCGAGUGCAGCUACAGCUUCGCAUACCGGGCUCAACUGGAGAGGCACAUGACAGUCCACAAGAGUGGACGGGAUCAGAGACACAUCACACAGUCGGGAGGCAAUCGUAAAUUCAAGUGCACUGAAUGUGGCAAAGCAUUUAAAUACAAGCACCAUCUGAAGGAGCACCUACGCAUCCACAGCGGAGAGAAACCCUACGAGUGCUCCAACUGCAAGAAGCGCUUCUCCCACUCAGGCUCAUACAGCUCCCACAUCAGCAGUAAGAAGUGCAUCAGCGUCAUCUCAGUGAACGGCAGACCACGCUCGGGGAACACCAAAGCCCAAAACCAGGGUCCAUCACCGGUGCUGCCCACGCCGCCCUCAGUCCUACGCACCCAGAUUAGAGAGAAGCUGGAGCACAGCAAGCCCCUGCAGGAGCAGCUGCCCCUCAACCAGAUCAAGACUGAACCUGUGGACUACGAGUACAAGCCAGCGUUGAUCACAUCUCCACCUUUGACCGCCAUGAAUGGAGGGAUUUUCAAUGGAGGUGCAGCGGCCCCUCUGCAGGGCACAGUGCAAGCAGUGGUCCUGCCAACUGUGGGUCUGGUGUCGCCCAUCAGCAUCAACCUGGCAGACCUGCAGAAUGCACUGAAAGUGGCGGUGGAUGGAAAUGUCAUUCGCCAGGUGCUAGAGAGCAACGUCAAAGGACAAGGGCAGAUAAACUCGGGGUUAACCACUGGAACUCUCCAUCCCCCACAGCAGCAACUCAUCUCAGCCAUCAGUCUGCCCAUCGUGGGUCAGGAUGGAAAUGCAAAAAUCAUCAUAAACUACAGUCUGGACCCCAACCAGGGCCAGAUCACAGCCCAAAACCUAAAGCAAGAGCCUGAGCCGAUCUCUCUAACUCAGGCCACAGAUACCUUCAAGUCCCAGAAACUCCCUGAAGAUCUCACCAUGAGAGGCUCCAGGCCCAAAGAGUCUAAAGAAAAAGAGGAAAAGACCACUAAAACUUGUCUCCUGUGUGAUAACUGUCCCGGGGGGCUGGAAGCUCUCCACGCCCUCAAGCACUGCAAGAAGGACGGUCUCAGGCUAAAUGGAGCAGGACUAGAUAAGUCUGAGUCUGCUGUUGCUGCUCUGCUGUCAGAGGGAGGACUCUGCCAUCAGCCCAAGAACCUUCUGUCCCUGCUCAAGGCCUACUUUGCCUUAAACGCAGAACCCACCAAGGAUGAGCUUGCUAAGAUCUCUGACUCAGUCAGCCUACCCAUCCAUGUGGUUAAGAAGUGGUUUGACAAAAUGCAGGAGGGCCAGAUAUCCCUGGGCGCACCUACACCUCCCUCAGAGGAGGAGGACACCUGUGAGGCUAGUAGUGUGGUGUCUCUGGUCCCAGGGAAGGACACGGCCAUGAGCCCCUCUGUGAACCAGGACAGUCCAACAGAAGCAACCCCAGCAGAGGUCAACGGCAGUCACAGCACGCCAGCCUCCCCUUCGCCACUAAACCUUACAGCUGGAGGUCCCAUCCCAGCCAAGCCUUCCCAGAGCACUGAGGGACCCCUCGACCUGUCGCUGCCAAAGCCCGCCAGGGAGGAGGCGGAGAGAGAGGUGGCUAAAGCCCGUGUUUACCCCUCCCCUCCCUCUGGCUCUGGUACCAAUGCAGAUGAACCCCUUAACUUAACUUGCACAAAGAAAGAGGCAUCGCCACUCUCAGCCAUGGGCAGCAGCCCCAUCGCACUGUACGCCAGCCAGCCAAGUGCCAAACCCCUCGACAUUGUGACCACAAUGCAAUGCCUACGGGCACUAUCCACUAACAACAAACAGACUAUCCUGAUUCCCCAGCUGGCUUACUCCUAUACCACUACAGCAAGCAGUCCAGCAGGGACCCAGACCCAGGAAACCAUCCACCUCAACGGAAUCAAGGAGGAGAGGCUGGACACGGGUUCAGAGGGCGUAUCCACUAUGGAGGAGCAGAACGACUCGGACUCAGGCCCUCAGAGGAAGAAGAUGAAGAAGACGGAAAGCGGCAUGUACGCCUGCGACCUGUGCGACAAGAUCUUCCAGAAGAGCAGCUCGCUGCUGAGACACAAAUACGAACACACAGGGAAGCGACCACACGAGUGUGGCAUCUGCAGCAAGGCCUUCAAACACAAACACCACCUGAUCGAACACAUGCGCCUCCACUCGGGGGAGAAACCGUACCAAUGCGACAAGUGUGGCAAGCGCUUCUCCCACUCGGGCUCCUACUCGCAGCACAUGAACCACCGCUAUUCCUACUGCAAGAAGGAGACACAGGGCCAGGGAGGGAGUCCAGGGAGCCCCCCAGAGGAUGACGCAGAGGUCCAGGCAGAGAUGGAGGCUCUGAGUCGGCUGCAGAGCCAGCUCCUUGGCCCCUCUCUGCUGGACUCGGAUGAACGUGGGAGCAGCACUAGAGAGGACGAGGAGAGCGAGGAAGAGGAGGAGAUGGAGGACAGUGCAGUGGACAUGAAUGACAUCCAGGUGGUGCAGAUAGGAGACGAAGGAGGAGAAAAUGAGGAGGAGAUAGAGAGAGUGUUGGUGCAGGAAGGAGCAGAGGAGGAGACAGAGAUGGAAGUAAAAGAGGAGGAAGAAGAAGUUGACACGAGGCAGGAGGAGGUGCUGGGGGAGGAAGUGGAGACGAUGGAUGCAGAGGAAGGAGUGACAGAGGAGAGUGCAGGGGAAACAAACAGUAAGGUUUCUGAAGACUAGAAGGAGACAUCACAGAAAGAAGGAGACUUUAAGAGGAACCAGACUUCUCCACGAGACACAAUCAGACUCCUCCUCUCCUCACGCAGAGGAGGAACGCAGGAGAUGAUGUCCGGUCGCUCUGACUGUUCGUUUCAGUUCACUACUGUGUAGAAAUCCAGGUGUGCCUGAAAAAAUACUAGUGACUUUUCCACAGGAGAAUGAUGUCUCACUGUUAGAAGAAUCCAUUUGUAAAAAAAAAAAAAAAAAAAAUAGAGACGAACAUGGAUUUUAACAAAUGAAGGAAAUGCAUUAUACAGACUUUGGAAGCUAGAGCCGACACGUUUUAGAUAAUGUUUUAUUACUAAAACACCUUGGAUCAUUUCUUUUUAUCAGUGUUACUAAUUUUAUCACUCAUAUUUUAACCUUUAAAAGCUGUACAGUUGGGAGAUAUUUCUAUACCUUUUUAUUGCCAAUGAACAAAAAAAGUCAGUAUUUUAUUAAGUUGGAAGGAAAAUAAGAAAAAUCCUGUGCACUACAAGUGGCUUGGUUUACCUAUGGAUUGAACAGUUGUGUUUCUACCCUUCAGUAUUACCGCACUAGAUACACCACGCCAUCACGCUAGCUGAUGUUAGCAUGACAUUUCUUUUUGUGUUCUUUUUGAUUGGACUGCGAGCCUUAAGAAGAAAACAAAGCAGAGUGAGGAGGGGUCUUUUCACUUAGUUCCUUUUAGACACAUUGAGUUUCUUUUCAUACCGUGUUUUUAGAAGUUUGACAGUUUGGGAAAAUUUGCUUAUUUCUUCUCUUGGUAGAGUUGAGAAGGUACAUACCACGCUUCUAUCUCACAGUAAAGAUACAGUUAGCAGAUGAUUUGGGCUUAAAAUGAGGACCAGGAUGAGGCAAACAGCCAGUCAAAGCGGAAUAAAGCAGUUAUUUUAUGAAAUUACCCUCGAUUUUCUAUUCCUUUAAGGUUCAAAUAAGUGGUUUUGAUUUUUUUGGACUAAACAUAGCUUUGAGAGUGAGUCUGGCUUAUCUAUUUACUAGUGUUUAGGAUUUUUGAUUAAUUAGGCUUACCAUUGGCAAGAAGAAGCUCAAUAUUUAGAUUAAGAAAGGCACAUCACAUAGAUGCAGGGCAACUCAGAACAGCAGCAAAAAGUAGAAGGAAUGCCUGCACAUUUGUUAAAUACAAAAAGACAAAAAGAAGUUCAAUAUUGGAUGAACCAGCAUGGAUUCAAUCUCUUAAGUCCCUGAAAAGUCACCCAAGUUCAAGGCCUGAGAGAAAUCAUUCCUAUGAAGGCAUGGAUAGCAUCAUUGGGAUGGUGCAAUGGCUAGCUCCAAGAGGAAACACGUGUAAGAGUUUAAGAUUUAUGGUUCAAAUACAAGAACUGCUAUCAGGUCAAAUUUACCUGAGGUCAUUCAUUAAUUGUGUCCAACCUCAUAGUGGUAAAAUUUCAAAGAGUUUUCCUACAAGUUAGUUGUGUAGCAACUAGUGACAUAAAAAAUCUGCUUGCAUGAAUCCAAAUUUUAAUAAUGGUCAUUUAUACCUUGAACUGCCAAGUGGGUAAAAUUGACCCCAUAGGAGAGCAUUAGAUGUCCCUCUGUUUUUUUUUACACCAACACGUAAAUAAUAGAUGUUGCCAUUAAAAUACCUUCUCUACCCAUGUAUCCCAUUUUUUGACCCUGAAUAGGAUAAGUGGUGUAGAUAAUGAAUGGAUGGAAUCGAUCACAUGCUUAAUUGUUCCCUCAGCACACUUUAAUUGGGUCACUGCAGCAUGUCCCUGCAGCCAUGGGGAUGUAAAACAAGUCCACUAGUGCUCCUAAAUGCCUUAUUUCAUUUUAAAAACACUCAAAAGUCAUCUGUGUUAAUUUUUUUCCUUUUUCCUUUCCAAUCCAGAACAAGUAUUUUCUCCCAUGGCUUAGCUAAUGUCAAAAUCUUCAAUCGAGCUAUGGUUCCUUAUUUUCUUUCAAAAUAAAAGCAGGCCUGUUUCCAAACAUGAAGUCAGUUCCCUUGGUGUGAAACAGUAAAAAUCCAAAAUGAAACAAAAACAGUUAAAAAACUUUGGAUUCUCAAAACGCAGCAAAAAGAAGAGAUUAAUCACAAUUAACUGCAGAAUUUCUGAGAUGAAUUGCCUUUAAAAGUUUUAAUCAUUAGAAAACCCUGUUAGAUUUAUAUCCAUUUAGGUGAAAAAACACCUUUUUAAAUCACACAUUAACAUUUACGUUCACUGUUUUAUGUGUAAGUCCCUGUGCAGUUUUAUUUUUCUGGUUUCAAAAACAGGUGUUAGAGAAAAUUGUCUCUCACAGAUGCAACAAUAGCUCACCAUCUUUUUAGCUUUCAGUAACAUAAGUUUAUUUUCCCAAACUGUCAAACUAUUAACGUUCACAGAGAGCAUGAAGGGGAUUUAAAAACGCCAACCCUCUCUAUUCCUUCCCCCCACUCUGAGUCGUAUGCAAAAAAUACAAGAGAAACAUGCAUAUCAAAGUGCCAUUGAAUAUUGCUGUUGAAGCUUAGCAGCUGUUAUCAGGAAUCGCCGGGUCCCAGAUCAACCAAUAAGCCGAAAUACUGUCGUCUUUGGCUCGCCGCUGCACCUGAGAGAGCAGAGUCUGGCUUACCACGUAUUCAUGUAUCAUAGAUUUUACCAGAGCUUCUUUAUUCUUAAUCUGAGCGGCUAUUGAAUCUCAGUGCACAUGUUUUUCUAAUGGAUGAAGUUUGAUUUCUGUGUCCUGCCUUUUCAAAGCUUAUUCAGUGCACUUGUUUAAUGCACCCUGACACGCUCUGAUGUCUCUUCAGGUAACAAAUGAAGGCAAAUCUAAAAUCCCAGGAGUUUAAUUCAACCUGUUUUUACCUGUCAGUAUUAUUUUUGUGUCUCUUCUGUUGUUCUGUUUCAGUGUGUGUACUGUAUGUUUUCAGCAAUGGCAGUAUUAUCCCCGCCCACACAGAGAUGGGUAUGUCUGUUUAGUCCUAGAGAACUUUUAUAUUUAUGUGUCUUAUUUUUUUAUAUUUCUUUAUGGUUAUUUAUUACACUAUGUAGUGUACAAUACUGUAGUUUGUAUUAAUACGAUAAUAUAUUUUAGUAUGGAAAAAAACAUUCAAAGGCAAAUAACUGCAGGCCUGGAAAAUGAGACUCCGGUGUACUGAAGUAUGUUUUUCGAACAAACAAAAUGAUGUUUUUCCUUGGGAAAAAAGAAACUCCCUGAAAGCCUGAAAAUUGGAACCUGUGACCUCUGCAUCCAUACUCAUGUUAGUUUAGUUUUCUUUGCCCUCUCUAAUAUGAAGCUACUGAACUUUUGAAAACUAAUAGUAUGUCUAAUAGCAUGAGUGUGUGCUGUUUUAUUGAAGGAUUAUCCUUAACCACACAAACUGUCCUUUUUUGCCAAGCCAAAAUAAUAUUGACGUAUGUUGUUAUGUUUUUAUUUGUGCCAAUUUGUUACUUUAUAUGUCCGUGUCAAGACCAUGCCCACUUUUAUAUGCCCCCUGCCUUUAACACCAUCAUCUUUUUUUAUAGUGAUUUUUUUUUUUUUGGUUGUUUCUUUUAUUUUUUGUUAUUUUUUAUGACUCCCCAUCUCACAAUAAAAUACAUCAAUUACAAAUG